AUGAGGCCGACAUUACAGCUCUUCGCACUCCUCCUCACACCUCUCCUUUCCUCCGCACAAAACUUCGUCCCGUCAACUGGACUCGGCAACUUCCCAGCCUGCGCCGCAAACUGCGCCGUUCUACAACAAGCCCAGAGCACGUGUCUGGCCCAAACCGGCCAACAGAGCUCCAGUCUCGCGGCCGAGAAUUGCUUCUGUCAGUCUCCCACCCUUCAAGCACUCUAUACUACUCCCGAUGCCGUCUGCGUGGCCGAAUGUCCGACUCAGCAACCUGAUCGCGUCAAUCUGCGUACCUGGUUCACCAGCUUCUGCUCUCAAGUCGGCCAGGGAGUCGACCCAAAUGCCCCAACGACUAGUACUACCAUCGUCACCUCGACUAGCACCAAUACUAAUGGGCCCACCUCAACCUCUGGCUCCACGUCGUCAGGACAGCAGCAAUCCAAUAACAAGGACGAAUCAUGGUUUGCCGGUCAUUGGCAGUGGAUUGUGAUGGUGAUCGUUUUGGCAAUCGGAUUGGGCGCUCUCGCAUGGCUUCUCAUCUUCCUCAGAAACCGCCACAGGCGAAAGCUUGACGAGCGCAGAGCCCAGAUUGGUGGUUUCCCCACCGAGCGCGAGAAGGCGAGAGGAGCUCAAUCCGCGACUCCCGACUUAUGGGGUCCUCAUCAGGUUGGCAGCCUUGCCGAGUGA